AUGCAGCUCUCCCUUGUUUUCACCACACUCGUGUCCUUUGUCGCUCUUGCGGCGGCUUAUCCCGCACUAGACACAAUUGGGACAAAACGUGCUUCUUUGGACAAACGCGAAGAAGACCACAUCAUCAACUACGAAAGUUAUGGAGGCCUACGUAAUCAUUGGGAGUUUUUGGAUAAGCGCGAAGAGGGACGGCACAUCAGCUACGAAGAUUGA